AUGCUCGUUGUCUACACGGCGCUUAUUACAAAGGCUGUGCAGAUGGGCGUGGUAGGCAGGCACGUCUUCGCUAUAGAGAACGAAGAAGUCAUCCCGCCGGCUCUGAAACUUGUCUAUAUCAGUUUUGUGAUUAUAAUCAUCGGCUGCGUUCUCAGCAAGACCUCCUUCGCCAUUACCCUUCUUCGCAUCGUGACCAAAACAUGGAUGAAAGUUCUCCUGUGGUUCAUUAUCGUCACCAUGAAUGCGAUCAUGUGGCUCUGUGCUGUUUGCUAUCUGGCUCAAUGCAAGCCCACAUCCGCACUUUGGGAUACCAAGCUCUUGGCUACAGCCCAGUGCUGGCCCCCAAUGGUGUUUGAGGUUAUCGCUCUCGCUGCAGGUGCAUACUCCGGAUCCAUGGAUUUCAUUCUUGCUCUUCUUCCAUGGGCUAUAUUAUGGAAGCUCCAAAUGAAGAAACGCGAGAAGUUUGGAAUUGCCGUCGCGAUGAGCAUGGGCGUCUUCGCGGCUGUAACAGCCUUCAUUAAAACUUCGAAGCUCGUUAACGUAUCCCAAGUACAAGACUUCACUUGGUUCUGCUCCUCCAUUAUAAUCUGGGCCUCCGCCGAAACUGGCCUCACCAUCUUCGCCGCCUCGAUUCCCUCCCUCCGAAUCCUCUUCGUCCGUAUGCGGUCCAGCUACGAUCGCACCGACGCUCCCUCCUCAGAGAGCUACCAGCUCUCUGGCAAAGGUCACUACCGCCGUAACAGAUCCACUCAGCCCGAUCCGUACUAUUACUACGGCGGCGAUGCGAUCACUUUGUCUGAUCCCAAGGAUGACGGCAGUGCGAAGAGUAUUCUGGACAAAUCAGGGAUUAAGACUACGCAGGAGAUCUCGGUGACGUAUGAGCGGAAUGUGACUUCCGAGAUGGGGCUGGAGAGGGCUUUUGUUGUUUCGAGUCCGACUGCUCCCACGAGGCGGUUUUGA